AUGAAAUGGUCAAUCGGCUCCAAAGAAGGUAUUGUCGUAGCUGGUGGGAAUGGAUGGGGAAAUGGCACCAAUCAGUUGUCUGCGCCCACUUCAGUGGUUGUUGACCACAUGGGUACCGUCUAUGUCGCUGAUCGAAACAACCAUCGAGUCAUGCGUUGGCUCAAAGAUUCCAAAUCUGGCAGCGUCAUCAUUGGUGGACAAGGAUGGGGCAAUAGAACAACUCAAUUACGCACACCACGUGAUUUGGCAUUUGACCGUCAAGGAAAUUUGUAUGUAGCCGAUGCAGAAAAUUAUCGAAUUCAAAUGUUCACUAUUGACAAAAGUUCUUGUGCCAAAGGUACGUGUCAAAAAGAUGCUAUCAAUUGA